AUGAGUGAUUUCAAAUCUCAAAUCAAGCGAGAUAUGGAUCGAUCCUAUCAACCAGGCCAACACCAAGAUUAUGAUGACGUUGAAAUUCAAGAAGGAUUUCUAGAAGAAUCUUCUGGAACAUCUGGAAAUUUGGAUGAUAAGAGAAGUGUGAAAAUGGAAGGACGCAGAAUGAUGAUGAAGAGCGAUUCAACGGCGACAAAUAAUGAAAUGAUGGAAGCAGAGGAUUUGGAUGAUGAGGAAGAGGAGGAUGGUCCAGGAUUGGGAUACGAAUUGCUCACCGCAAUGCUCAACAUGAACAAUCAAGAAGACGAUGAAGAGGAGGAGCCAGUAGCCGUCGUGGAACCAGAAGACGUUCGCCCAAAGCUCGAUGGCGUUGGAACGAUUCUAAAAGAGAUUCGCGGCGAGAUUCGUCCACCCCAGAAGGAGCGAAUCAUCCUAGACGAAUUUGGGUUCCGUGAGCGAGAUGCUUCGAAAUUUCCGAUUUGUCGAAUCGGCGAAGUUCAACAGACACUUGCCCUAGCCGAUCAUCAGGAAGGUAUCGAUUUUCAUCCGCCUCCAAAUGCGCCCACCGACGUUCGAGUGGUCCGAAAAAUGAUUCGACAAAAGAUGGUACGGUGUAAGAAGUGCAAAAAUCGAUUCAUUGAGAAAAAUAUCUAUGAGAGACACUUGAGAGAUAAACAUCCGACACUUUAUGAGGAAUAUAUCAGAGAACAAGAGGAAGAAGUCGAACUGCAGAGGCUCGAAGAAAUUGAAGCGAAUCGGAUUGAAGAGUUGCAGACGGGAGGGUUCAUUCCACCCGAAUCGGAAAUUUCACAGCCUUCCGAGGAUCCCAAUUACAUUCCACUUCCGGGAGAGAACAACGGCGGACUGAUACCCCGAUUCGAUUACUAUGGACGUAUCAAACAGCUCAAGAGACCGUACAAGAAGAAAAUCUCGCCACAAUGUCCGUUUUGUGAUAAACGCUUCCGAAAUGAGAUGUCGUUGAAGAAGCACUUUUUGAAGAAACAUGAGGAGAUGGUUGAAUUCAAACAAUGUCUGAAAUGUUUCAAAUGUGUCGAAAGUGAGGAAGCACUCGAGAGACAUGACUGUGAAUUGACCUACGUCUGUUUCGAAUGUCCAGUGAUUCGAAACCUCUGCACCGACCAUCGUCUCAUCAACCAUCGCAAAAAAUUCCACCGUGGAGCAAACGCCGGAUUCCGUUGCUCAUUCUGUAAUAUGAAAUUUUUGACGCCAAGAAAGUUGAGAAAGCACAAAAAGAUGUCCCAUGUGUUCACCAAAACGUACCAAUGUCAUUUUUGUGAAGAGAUUUUCAUCAGUGAAGUUGCGGUAAUGACUCAUGAACGCGUCCACACUGGAAUCAUCAAGUUUGAGUGCAAAGUGUGCGAUUUUAAAGCGAAUCGAUAUGUGGCGAUGGAGGAGCACAAAAAAGAGGAGCACGGAUAUGUGUGUGCAAUUUGCAACGCCCGUCAUGCCGAGUAUCCAGAGCUCAAGCAUCACGUCUACGAGGAGCAUGGAGGCUAUUUGGCCGCCGAUGAGCCGUCUGCCUACGUCGAAUCACCACGCAUGUGGCUACUGUACAAGGGAGAAUAG